AUGACAACAAGGAAAGGGACACAAAGAGGGCCCCUAAUGAAGGCAAGGUCUAAAAGAAAAAAUUCAAUUUUGUUAGGUUCACUCAUUGUGUCUUUAUGUGGACUUUAUACAAUUUUGCAAUUGGAUAAUCUUCAAAAUUUUCAGGUGUGUGAUGAAGUUAAGGAUCAUACGGAGUUAGCAUCAUCCCAAGCAGAUGAUCAAUUAAUCGAGUUAGGCCUUACACCCAGAGAGAUCGUAAGCAUGCGAAAUAUAAGGACAAAUAGCCACAGAAAAUUACACGGAAGGUUUUUACAUAUUACAGACAUCCAUCCCGAUCGAUUUUACGAAGAGAAUGCUUCUAUCGACAAUCUUUGCCAUCCAGAUAACGAACAGUCAAAACACCAGAAUAACAGGGGGAAAGAUCAGUUAUCAUCAUUAGCGCCGAGGUUCGGGAAAGCAAUGUCCGGUUGUGACGCUCCCGUUGAUUUGAUGGAGUACACCUUGAAAUGGAUCAACGAAACAUUGAGGGAUCAUAUUGAUUUUGUUAUAUGGACAGGUGAUAAUAUCAGACAUGACAAUGAUAGACAGAUACCUAGAACAGAGUCUCAAAUAUUCGAGAUGAAUGAAAUUGUAUCUGGGAAAUUCCGCGAUAUAUUUGAAAACAAACGAACAGCAGAUCCAAGAGAUUUCGACAUAGAAAUCGUUCCUAGUUUGGGUAAUAAUGAUGUCUUCCCACAUAACAUGUUUUCAUUAGGACCUACGCUACAAACCAGAGAAAUGUUUAAGAUAUGGGAUGUAUUUAUUCCACAAGAACAAAGACGUUGGUUUGAUAGAGGUGUAACAUAUUUAAAAGAAGUUAUCCCUGGUAAGCUUGCCGUAAUAUCGAUUAAUACUCUGUAUUUAUACAAAGCCAAUCCCUUGGUGGAUAAUUGCAAUUCAAAGAAAGAACCAGGCUAUCAAUUAUUACUAUGGCUAGGUUAUACCUUAGAAGAGCUUAGACAAAGAAACAUGAAGGUCUGGCUUUCUGGUCAUGUACCUCCGAUUUUGAAGAAUUUUGAUAAAAGUUGUUAUGAUAAAUUCACUCUAUGGACUCAUGAAUAUAGAGAUAUUAUAGUGGGGGGCGUAUAUGGCCAUAUGAAUAUGGACCAUUUUAUACCUAUUGACGGCGAGCAAGCUAGACGUGAUCUCGAGACCCUAGAGGAUGAGACUUUCUGGUUUGAUGAGUUAAACGAGAAACAAAAGCCAUUAGACAUCUACAAUUACGCUGAAGCGGCAAGUGAAGCUCACAUGAUGGGCGCGAAACCUGUUAAUAAAGUAUCCUACAUGACAAAGGUAAAGGAAGAAUAUUACGAAACUAUCCAAAAGGAACUAAAAUUAGCAUACACACAGGAAAACAUUUAUGAUGAGGAAGAAGAGGAAAUUACUGAAUCGGAUGAUUCCAUUGAUUUACUAUUGGGAAAAAAGAAGAAAAAGAAAGGAAACAAGAGGAAGAAAGGAAGAAACCCUACGAAAGACGAAAUUUAUGAAAAAUACUCCAUUGUGAAUAUAGCAGGCUCAGUCAUCCCAACCUUCAAUCCAUCUUUUAGGAUUUGGGAAUAUAAUAUUUCAGGAAUUAACGAAGAAACUUCAAUUAAUCAAAAUUAUCAGCCAUGGGAUGAGUUUUUUGCUGACUUGGAGGUUAAAAUAGAUAAUGAGUUAUCUUCAUCAGACCCCAAUGAAAAUUCCAUGAAUAUCAUGAAGGGUAAAAAAGGUGGAAAGAAGAAACCUGAUAAGACGAUACCAAGAAGGAAACCCUCAGAAUACCCAUUGGGUCCUGCAUAUGUCGAACAACUGUUUUCCCCAACAAAGUUUAUCGAGUACUAUGCUGAUUUGGAUCAAAUAAAUAAGGAUUACUUGUCUUUAUUACAAGACGGGAAGGAUAAGAACAGAGCAGCGGAUGAAGCAUUCAAAUUUCAAGUAGAAUAUACUUCAGAUGAUAAGCCUUACAGUAUGAAGUCUUUGUUGGUGAAAGAUUUUUUGAAUGUUGCUGUUGAGUUGUGCGACGAUUCAACUGAAUGGACCACGUUCUUGGAUAGAGCAUUUAUUUCAUCUGGUUACAGUGAUGAUUAG